AUGAAAAUAUACUCUAUUACUGUAUUCUCUAAAGAAGAAGAAGAGGCAGUAAAUUUAGCAGGAGAAUAUGAUCUCUCUGGUUUUGGUUUUUUUCAACGUGGAAGUGCUCAAGAGUUUAUGAAGUUUUUUUCAAAAACCGUUGCAGAAAGAACAAAACCAGGGCAAAGAUUGAGCGUUGAAGAGAACAGCCUUGCUGGAAUCAUUAUUUGUGAUAACGAAUAUCCACAACGAGUAGCUUUUUCUUUAUUGGGCAGAGUUCUUGACGAAUUUCUUAUAAAGUUUGCCCGAAAUACGUGGAAGCCACAAACAAUUUCUUAUCCCGAACUUAAAACUUACUUGAUAAAAUAUCAAGAUCCAAAAGAGGCUGAUCAAAUCAUAAAAGUUCAGGAACAAUUAGAUGAAACUAAAUUAGUUAUGAACAAGACGAUUGAAGGCCUCUUGCAACGUGGCGAAAAAUUGGAUGACCUUAUUGAUAGAUCUCAAGAAAUUUCAUUUCAAUCAAAAGCAUUUUAUAAACAAGCGAAGAAGACAAAUAGUUGCUGCACUAUCUCAUGA